CGCGAGACUUCUCCUCGCGAGGGCCUCCCCUGUUUCCCGCGCGCGCGCGCGCUCGCCCCGCGGAGCUCUCGCGAGAGUCGCGUGCUGCAGACGGGAAGGACAAGAUGGCGGCGACAACGACGAUGGCGCUGGGCACGGAGUCCAUUAAGAUGGAGAACGGGCAAAGCACGGCAGCCAAGCUGGGGCUGCCCCCUCUCACCCCAGAGCAGCAGGAAGCUCUCCAGAAAGCCAAGAAGUACGCGAUGGAGCAGAGCAUCAAGAGCGUGCUGGUGAAGCAAACCAUCGCCCACCAGCAGCAGCAGCUCACCAACCUCCAGAUGGCAGCAGUGACAAUGGGCUUUGGAGAUCCUCUCUCACCUUUACAAUCGAUGGCGGCCCAGAGGCAGCGCGCGCUCGCCAUCAUGUGCCGGGUCUACGUGGGCUCCAUCUACUACGAGCUGGGCGAGGACACCAUCCGCCAGGCCUUCGCCCCCUUCGGGCCCAUCAAGAGCAUCGACAUGUCCUGGGACUCCGUCACCAUGAAGCACAAGGGCUUUGCCUUUGUGGAAUACGAGGUUCCCGAGGCCGCCCAGCUGGCCCUGGAGCAGAUGAAUUCUGUCAUGCUGGGGGGAAGGAACAUCAAGGUGGGGAGGCCCAGCAACAUCGGGCAGGCUCAGCCCAUCAUUGACCAGCUGGCAGAGGAGGCGCGGGCCUUCAACCGCAUCUACGUGGCCUCGGUGCACCAGGACCUGUCCGACGACGACAUCAAGAGCGUCUUCGAGGCCUUUGGCAAGAUCAAAUCCUGCACCUUGGCCAGGGACCCCACGACAGGGAAGCACAAAGGCUACGGCUUCAUUGAGUACGAGAAGGCCCAGUCCUCCCAGGAUGCCGUGUCCUCCAUGAACCUCUUUGACCUGGGGGGUCAGUACCUGCGGGUGGGCAAGGCCGUGACACCCCCAAUGCCACUCCUGACACCUGCCACACCUGGAGGGCUCCCCCCUGCAGCUGCUGUCGCUGCUGCUGCUGCCACCGCCAAGAUCACAGCACAGGAAGCCGUGGCAGGAGCUGCAGUGCUGGGCACGCUGGCCACCCCGGGGCUCGUGUCCCCUGCCCUGACCCUGGCCCAGCCCCUGGGGGCCCUGCCCCAGGCCGUGAUGGCUGCACAGGCCCCCGGUGUCAUCACAGGUGUGACCCCUGCCCGGCCGCCCAUCCCGGUGACCAUCCCGCAGGUGGGGGUUGUGAAUCCCAUCCUGGCCAGCCCCCCGGCGCUGGGGCUGGUGGAGGUGAAGAAGGAGAAGGAGGAGGAGGAGGUGUUCCAGGAGUCGGAGCGGCCGGAGAUGCUGAGCGAGCAGGAGCACAUGAGCAUCUCGGGCAGCAGCGCCCGCCACAUGGUCAUGCAGAAGCUGCUCCGCAAGCAGGAGUCCACAGUGAUGGUGCUGAGGAACAUGGUGGAUCCCAAGGACAUCGACGAUGACCUGGAGGGAGAGGUGACGGAGGAGUGCGGCAAGUUCGGGGCCGUGAACAGGGUCAUCAUCUACCAGGAGAAGCAGGGCGAGGAGGAGGACGCCGAGAUCAUCGUCAAGAUCUUCGUGGAGUUCUCCAUGGCCUCAGAGACUCACAAGGCCAUCCAGGCGCUCAACGGGCGCUGGUUCGCGGGCAGGAAGGUGGUGGCCGAGGUCUACGACCAGGAGAGGUUCGACAACAGCGACCUCUCGGCAUGAACUGCACCCCGGGGCUGGGGCUGGGCCUGACCCUGAUCCUGGGGCUGGGGCUGGGCCCAGAUCUGAUCCUGGGAUUGAGCUGGGCCUGGACCUGAUCCUGGGAUGGGACUGGGCCUGCAUCUGAUCCUGGGGCUGGGCCUGACCCUGAUCCUGGGCUUGAGCUGGGCCUGGACCUGA